CCAGUACCAAAAUAAACCACUACAACUAUGAAAGCAAAUCAAUACCAUUUCAAAAAGAUAUCAAUACCAUUUAAAAAAUGAAGCAAUACCAUUAGAGGGUUUGAUGGAAUCAUAUCCGUAAAAAUAAACUAAUACCUUUCCCUGGCCACCGCGCAGAACACACACAAACCAUGGGCAACGUCACCGACACGGCCGACAAGGCCAGUUCUCGCACCGUCCUCAUCGACGGCGGCGGCGGCGACUUAACUCUCUACGUCGUCCUCCAACGCAUGGUGUCGUUGAUUUUCGCUCUGGCUAGCGAUGGCGUCGUACCCCUGCUGCAACGGAUCAAGGAGUCGCUAUCUCAUAACAGACUGCUACUGAAGGACGUGACUACUUACGCCGGACGAAAUAUUUUGGUCUCGAGAAGAAGGGCUGCCCCCGGGCGGGAGGGGAGAAGAGGGAGGAGGCGACUGCAGUUUCUGAUCCGGAGAAGAAGGGUCGCCGACAGGCGGAAGGGGAGGAGAGAGAGGAAGCAGUUGCAUUAGGGUUUGCGGUACAAUAUAUAAAAAAUAUUUUUUAAAGAAUAGUAAUCAGGUGUGGUAUUAUUUCUGUUGCCAAAAUUAUCCUUCAUAUAAUCUUUACUGUCAACUUAAAAACAAGAUGAAAUAGAUAUAAUUAUGGGUGUAGAUGUUGGUAGCCACCGUGGUUACUCAAAAUUUAGAAACCACUAUAACGCAUUCCUUGGGUGAUUAUAGUUUUGUGCUAAUGCAUUAUUUUAUUGUGGACAUGGGAUAUGUUUCUCCCUUACUGUUCUAUACAUAAUAUAAUAGCACAAAGUGAAAAACUGUUGCUCCAUUUCAAAUUUCCUGCAACGAGAGUGAAUGUAGGAAUGACAUUUUGGUCUUCACAAUUGCUUAUUUACUAUUUAUUUAUUCAUAAAAAAGACAUGUACUGGAUUUGAACCAUAGUCACUUGAAAAGCAAUAAACAUAACCAAUCACACUAAGUAUAUUUGUUGUAUCUUUUUAAAUUAAAAGUAUACAUGAACCUAAAUUCUGAAAGUCAUAUGACUUUUUCAACGAUUAACUGGUCACUGAAUUUUCCGUAAGUACUUAUUUGGUUUAGAUACUUUGAUUUUCAUAUUUUGAUUAUUUUAGUUGUAUUUUAAUACUUAAUUUAAAUUUCUAUCUAUCUUAUCUACACAUAAUAUAAUAGCAACAAGGAAAAAACUCUUUCCCCAUUUCAAAUUUGCUGCUCCAGGAGCGUUUGUAGUAAGUGUAGAAUAGGUAGUGCUAAUUUUUUCUGUUUCUUCUGUGGAACGGGUCAACUUACCGUACAUGCGCGGACUUGAACGGGCCUAGAGAUUUUUGCGGCCCACAAAAACAGAAUAGGUUUCAGCCACACACAUUUGUUCGGCCGGACUUAGGAUAUCCAAUUUGUGGGUUCUAAGCCCACGUUCACGCUCCAAUCCUCCGAAACAGAAUAGAGAUACUUCAUUCUAGAGGAAACAAGGAGUUUCGGCGUCGGAGAGAUAUGACGACCAGUACUCGACGUCGAACAGGAAAAAUGGCAUCUUGCAACUCCCUCAAAUGUGUUGCAUUAUGUCUUAAAAGGGUUGCGAAAUCUUAUCGCAACACUUUUGGUAGGGUUGCAUAUAGUGGGGGUUGCAAAAGAAAUAGGCAAGAUUUAGGGGUCAUAAAUACAUAUUUUGAAAUUCAAGGUAAGAUUUAGGGGUCGAGUUGGUUGUCACUAAAUUAACUAUUUGUGAUGAAGUUUACUGUCACGUAUGUCCCCCAUGUGUGACGAAUUUCGAUCGUAACUGCAAUUCAAUAUUGGUGAUGAAUAGAUUUGUCACGAAUGAUUUUCUUUCCUGGCAAUCAUUGUAUUAGAAAAGCAUAUUUCUUUAAAAAAUGGUCACUAAAAUAGUGAAACCGAAUUCACCAGAUAAUACCAAAAAAAAAAAAAAAAUUACAACUCCAAUUUGGCUAAGGAAAACUCUAAAUAAUAUUCCAAACAAUCAAAACUAUACAUGGGUUACGAACGAGAUUUUAAAUCGUCAAGUUCUUGGACUUCAUCAUGCUUUGCUUGGAAGUCAACUAACUUUUUGUUCCCAUUCUCAGAAGACUGUGAGCGAGUAGGAGUCUGGCUCUAUCUUCCUUCUUCUUGUAUAAGUGACACAGCCGGUCUCAUUGCUGUCAAAAUAGAAAACAAAGGGUAUAUAUCGAAUCAGGCAAGAGAGAGGUGCCAGUUAGCUGUCUUUUAUUGUAUUGCUGUAGGAAAAAUAAAUAAACAAAAAACAGAACCUGUUAACGAGGUGCUCUUGGUGAAGUCUGGCGAGCGGCUGGAAGAGGAGUGUAUUGAAGCCUUCGUAAAUUGGUGAAGGGUUUGUUUCUAAUCUUCGUGCGAACCCAGUAGUGAUAAAAAGAAUUAAUAGGA